GAUUCACGCGUCCAUUCUAGUUCCACACAAUUAGACCCCUCUGAUAUUUUCAACUUUUCCCCCGGUAACACUAUACCCAUGUUAUAGUCGCAGGCAGAACCAAGCAUGUCGACACAUGCGUUUGGUACCAACAACACCGACCCGCGAGCAUCAGACGCCGAUAAUGACGCCAGAGGGACGGACUUGCGAGAAACAAGCAGGGAGUUCCAAGCUAUCAACGCCAGCCGCCGUGGAGGCCCUCACCGCGGCAACUCCAGCGAGGUUUUGGUUCAAGAUACGUCGCCUCUCUACUGGCUUGCUGCUGCGGCUCAACAGGCGCAGGAUAGGAUCGAACAAUCAAAUCUGUACGACACAAACGACCACGGAGAAUCGGGUGCCCGGGUGGACGAGACGGUUGCCCAUGACAUCAAUUCACGCAGACUUUCCCGUGUUAUCUGGCCCGGGGAACCAGCCCCCUCAAAUUCCAUGGUAGCUUCCAGUUCAUUGGCAGGACUUAGUCCAAGGAUCCCAGGACCUGAUGGACUACCUAUAAAUUCAGGUCGGCUCGUUGCACAUCUUUCGUUGAUUGGCCCUACCUCGCCCAACACGGGGUACAUUGAUCCAACUUUCUUAGACAUCUCACGCACCAAAUCUCCGUCGCAUCCCCAUAGGCUUGUUGCUGCUGCUGCUGCUUCGCCACAGCCCGCAGACCGGCCUUCACUUUCGGUCAUGUGGUCGUCUAUGGGCACGGAGCAAUCUCCUCUGUCUCCUAGCCCCAAUAAGGGCGACUCUCCGCCAGUUCGCGGCACUGAAGGGUUGUUUGGAUUAUAUGGUGCUGAGUUCUUUAUGCCUAGUAUAAUAGACACCAUGAAGGAACUAAGCGAUGAAUAGUACAUUAUAAACAUCUUGUCAGGGCAUAAGCGGCAAUUGUAUUCUCGAUGUUGUGUAAUAGCACCAAGAGAGUAACAACACAGCUUUACUCUUCUGUCCUCCUGCUGCUCUGUGU